CUGACAAUGAAACCACGUUCGCUUUCCCCGUAACCGUGGCUGAGUUAGAACGUUCUCUGUUCCAGCUUCCGAACGAUGCACCGCACUGCCGGUGUGUCUUUGGUCGAGGCUGAGGAGUGAAAACAUUUCUCUCUUGCUCUUCUUGACUUUCCACGUGUUUCUAAAGUAAUUGUUUCAGAGGUUAUUUAUUGAAAACAUAAAAGCAUAAUGCUACAGCCAAUUUCUUCAAAGUGGACGAUGACUUCAACGCAAUUACUCUACACCCUUUUUGCCAGCUUUUUCGUCCUUCUUCAUCUCACAUGCCCUGUUUCCGGACAUGGCCGCCUGGUGGAACCACCUUCAAGAUCAAGCAUGUGGCGGUUUGGUUUCAAAACGAAACCGAACUACAAUGAUAAUGAACUAUUUUGUGGAGGUUACACGGUUCAGUGGCAGAGGAAUGGUGGCAAAUGUGGCAUCUGUGGCGAUGCUUGGCAUCUACCAACCCCAAGACCAAAUGAAGCUGGUGGAGUGUAUGGUAGAGGUAUCAUAGUCAGGCAUUACAAGCCUGGACAGGUUUUCAAAUCGACAGUUGACAUAACAGCCAACCAUAGAGGUUUCUUCGAAUUUAAACUGUGUCCUCACAACAGUCCUUCAACUGUAGCUACACAGAGCUGUUUGGAUCAAUAUCCUCUGGAACUAGCAGAUGGGUCUGGUACAAAAUACUAUCCAGGACCAGGGACUGGGCCAUUCAGUGUGCAGCUUAGACUUCCCGAUCGCCUCACGUGUACCCAAUGUGUGUUCCAAUGGACUUAUACCGCAGGGAACAACUGGGGUAGAUGUGACAACGGAACAUCCAAAGUUGGUUGUGGUCCACAGGAAACCUUCAGAGGUUGUGCAGACAUUGCCAUCGAUGAUUCUGAAAGUAAUGCUAUACCAUACGAUAAGAAACCAUCAUACGAAAGACCUAUUGACAAGCCAUCGUAUGAAAGACCCGAUGACAAGCCGUCCAUUUCUGCUAUCCCAACAAGAAGGGCAACCGAGAAACCCCGUUAUAGACCAAGACCAACAAGACCUCAGAAUAGACCUGCUUCUCGCAGACCUUAUUACCAAAAUCGGCGAGUAACCACCACAACUCGAAAGCCUAUCACCAGGAGACCUAGACCUAGUAGACCGGUUUCCUAUUACAAUGUACCAAACAGGAGGUACACUACUAGGAGACCAGUUCCAGUGACAAGAACUACUAGGAGACCUAUUCCAGUUACAAGAGCCACUACCUACCGACCCAUCUACACUGCCAGACCUUUGUCUCACAGGCCUUUUUACAAUAAGAAUAUUACUAAGAAACCAAGACCAACGUAUAAAGCUAAAGUUUCACCUAAGAAGACAACAAAUAUCGAGACAGAGGGUGAUGGUGCCAGUGGUGGAAGUCGCUGCAGGGCUGUAGGCGUCUGGGCAUCCAUAUCUGGAAUGGCUGGAUGGUGCGAUUCUAAUUGUGCCAGAGGUUACUGUCCAUCCACUCACUGUGAUUGUAGUUAAAAUUUUAGUACUGAGAAGUGAACUUCUAAUUGAUGGUCUUUAGAUUUUAAAAUAUCCUCGAAAGCGAACUAUUUAUGAACAUUUGUUUUUAAUUGUAGUGCUGUUGGGAUUGUGUAAGUGUCCAUAUCUAAAGUGAAAUGUUUCUCGAUUCUAGAUCUUUCGAUCAAUUACAAUGUACUGUAAUGAAGCAGAGUAGAGUUUUUUGCUCUACUGUGUUUCGUACUGCAUUGCAAAAGGGACUGAACUUUUAUAGUUUUCAUCUGUUUUUGAUUAUUUGCAAAGUUGAGGUAUGUUUUUGAUAUUUCAGUGUUACUGAUGAAAACGCUUUGACAGAACUGCAUGUCAGCGAUAUAAAAUUAAAUUCUUUAUAAUUUAUUUUUUAAAAAAGACUGUUUGACAGAAAAUUUUCUUGGAAUAUGUCAUCUGCAUAUAUAUUGUUCGUUUGGAAAGAAAAGAAAAAUAGCUGAAAUAUAUCCAAAAUUGUGGAAAACUUACAGAGAAGAGUACUUCUCCUUGGUUCAGACUUUAGCAGAAGGAAUUGUGAGUUUUUGUUCAGUGAAUAUACUUUCUAAAUUCAUAAAAUUAAUAAAGUUAUGUAUUUGCUAAAUCAUAAAAUUAUGUAUUUGCUGAAUCCAUAAAGUUAUGUAGGAAUACUUAAGGAUUUUGCUUCCUGUAAUAAUUUUAAAAAACAAAUUUGAGAGAUUUGUAAACCUUUAUUAUGUAAAAAGAAUUUGAGUUUGCUCUGUAACGAUUGAUAAUUAUAAACGAUUUACUGAUUUUUAAGUGAAUAUUUUAAUCUAAAAAAUACCUGAAGGUGUUGAAUAUUUCUUUUCUA